AUGGUGUUUAAAUGCCAAGAAGAUAGUUUUUUGAAAGAGUUCACAUCAAAAGUAUUAAAAUGCGAAGAGACUAAAGAUCCUAUUGUUGAAUAUGGAAAAGUGUCCAAGUUCGAAGGUUAUCAAAUAACUUUGGAAAACACUAUACUAUUUCCAGCAGGAGGUGGACAGCCUCAUGAUAUUGGUUGGUUAAAUAACACAGAAGUGAUUCAAGUGCUGCGAAAAGGAGAUGAAGCUCUUCAUUUUACCAGAGAACGCUUAGAAGUUGGUACCGAUGUGGUGCAAAAGAUUGACUGGGGGAGAAGGUUUGAUCAUAUGCAACAACAUUCAGGUCAACAUCUUUUAUCAGCUAUCCUAGAAAAAGAGAACAAUUUACCAACUACUAGCUGGUGGCUGGGUGCCGAUGAGUGUUUUGUUGAACUUAACUCUGCAAGUGUCAGUGAAGAUGUAGUCAAAAGUGUAGAAAAACGAUGCAAUGACUUGAUAACUGCGGCAAUACCUGUUAAUGUAAAAUUUUGUAAAGCAAAUGAUCCUAAUUUGGAUGAGGCUCAUACAAGGGGUUUGCCUAAGGAUUGCAUAGAUACUAUACGAGUGAUAUGCAUCGGAGAUAUAGAUGAGAACAUGUGCUGUGGCACUCAUGUGUCUAACUUGAGUCAAUUGCAAAUGAUAAAACUGCUGGGUACAGAACCAGGGAAGAAAGGCAAGACUAAUCUCAAGUUUAUUGUGGGAGAUCGCAUCACAAAAACAUUUCAACAGAUGUUGGAUAGAGAAAAAGCACUUACUGGACUAUUGAAAAAUGAACCAAGCAAACAUGAAGAGCUAGUUAUGAAAUUACAAAAAAACCUAAAAAUUGCAAACAAAAACCUACAAAAUGUUUUAUCAGAAUUGGCUCAGUAUGAAGUAGAUAGGAUUAAAAAUAGUCAACCAAAGCCCAAAUAUGUCAUUAUGUUUAAAAAAGAAGCUACUCCAGAAUUUAAUAGAAAUAUUUGUAAGACGUUGGAGAGUGAGAAUUUAUUUAUGUUUUUGGCUUCCGAAGAUCCAGAUAAGCCAAAAGAAGGACAAAUUAUCAUACAAGGACCAGAAGAACAUUGCAAGGCUUUAGGGCAAGAAAUAACAGAUAUAUUGAAAGGCAAGGGAGCUUUUAAAAAUGGCAAGUUCCAGGGAAAGGCUGGAGACUUAAGUGGUAUAAAUAAGUGCAAGAAACUGAUAGAAGAUUACUUUAAUAAUGUAUCA